CAUAAGUUUUUUAUUAUUCAGCCGAGUUCUACCCUCUUUUUGUUGGCCGCUGAAUUGUGUGUUCUUUGCGUCGUCUUGCAUUUAUUUAAGUCAUCUUUGACCAAACUGUGACAGAACAGCCUCCGAAGCACAAGAGUUUUUUUUUUUAACGGUAUAGCCUUAUUUCUGCAAUUAAGCACUUGGAUAGGCUACUCCGCCUCACCCAGUGAACGUUUCGGUGAGUGCCACCGUGUCGCCGCGGGAUAGCCAUGGGGAACCGGGGAAUGGAGGAUCUCAUUCCCCUUGUCAAUAAACUUCAAGAUGCCUUCAGCUCAAUCGGACAGAGUUGCAACUUGGACCUCCCUCAGAUUGCUGUGGUCGGUGGACAAAGCGCAGGCAAAAGCUCUGUGUUGGAGAAUUUCGUGGGAAGGGACUUUCUUCCACGAGGCUCAGGGAUCGUCACCCGCAGACCUUUGGUCCUUCAGCUGGUCAACAACAUAGCAGAGUAUGCCGAGUUCCUGCACUGUAAGGACAAGAAGUUUGUGGACUUCGAUGAAGUCCGUCGGGAGAUUGAGGCGGAGACGGACCGGAUCACUGGUUCCAAUAAGGGAAUCUCCCCCAUACCCAUCAACCUUCGAGUCUUCUCACCCAACGUCUUGAACUUGACCUUGAUCGACCUCCCGGGCAUGACGAAGGUUGCUGUGGGUGACCAGCCAGUAGACAUCGAGUUUCAGAUUAGGGACAUGCUUCUUCAGUUCAUCACCAGGGAGAAUUGUCUCAUCCUGGCUGUGACGCCAGCUAACACUGACCUGGCCAACUCAGACGCCCUCAAGAUCGCCAAAGAGGUCGACCCACAGGGCCUGAGGACCAUCGGCGUGAUCACCAAGCUGGACCUGAUGGACGAGGGGACAGAUCGAGACAUCUUUGAGAACAAGCUGCUGCCGCUGCGCAGAGGUUACAUUGGUGUGGUGAACCGUAGUCAGAAGGACAUUGACGGCAGGAAGGACAUCAGUGCGGCUCUCACCGCUGAAAGGAAGUUCUUCCUGUCGCACCCGGCAUACCGCCACAUAGCCGAGCGGAUGGGCACCCCUCACCUGCAGAAGGCCCUCAACCAGCAACUGACCAACCACAUCCGCGACACUCUGCCGACUCUGCGCAGCAAACUGCAGUCUCAGCUGCUCUCGCUGGAGAAGGAAGUGGAGGAGUACAAAAACUUCAAGCCCGAUGACCCGCAGCGAAAGACCAAGGCUUUACUCCAGAUGGUUCAACAGUUCGGUGUGGACUUUGAGAAGCGCAUCGAGGGUUCAGGUGACCAAGUGGACACUGUGGAACUUUCUGGAGGUGCUCGCAUCAACCGCGUCUUCCACGAGAUCUUCCCCUACGAGCUCUUCAAGAUGAAGUUUGAUGAGAAGGAGCUCAGGAGAGAGAUCAGUUAUGCCAUCAAGAACAUCCAUGGUGUCAGGACGGGGCUGUUCACGCCAGACAUGGCAUUUGAGGCCAUCGUGAAGAAACAGAUCGUUAAGCUGAAGGAGCCGUGUCUGAAAUGCGUGGACGUGGUGGUGUCUGAGCUCUCCACGCUGAUCCGCAAGUGUACAGAGAAGCUGACUUCUUACCCCCGGCUAAGAGAGGAAACUGAGCGGAUCGUCACCACCCAUGUGAGGGAGCGAGAAGGCAAGACCAAAGAGCAGGUCUUGCUCUUGAUCGACAUGGAGCUCUCCUACAUCAACACCAACCACGAGGACUUCAUUGGAUUUGCCAAUGCUCAGCAAAGGACCGCCAAUGUGAGCAAGAAAAGAGCCAUGCCCAACCAGGGGGAGAUUUUGGUGAUCAGACGUGGUUGGUUGACCAUCAACAUCAGUAUUAUGAAGGGCGGGUCUAAGGAGUACUGGUUUGUGUUGACAGCAGAGUCUCUGUCUUGGUACAAGGAUGAUGAGGAGAAAGAAAAGAAAUACAUGCUUCCUCUGGACAACCUGAGGAUCAAAGAUGUGGAGAAGGGCUUCAUGUCAACCAAACACACCUUUGCCAUCUUUAACACUGAACAAAGGAAUGUGUAUAAGGACCUGCGUCAGAUCGAGCUGUCCUGUGACUCUCAGGACGACAUAGACAGCUGGAAGGCCUCUUUUCUCAGGGCUGGGGUUUUCCCAGAGAAUGACCAGGCGGACACUGAGGAUUCCAGAGAGGGCAGCGACAACAGCAUCUCCAUGGAUCCGCAGCUGGAGCGGCAGGUGGAGACCAUUAGGAACCUGGUGGACUCCUACAUCGGCAUCAUCAACAAAUCCAUCCGCGACCUCAUGCCCAAGACCAUCAUGCACCUCAUGAUCAACAGCGCGAAGGAGUUCAUCCACUGCGAGCUGCUCUCCUACCUGUACAGCUCGGGCGACCAGAGCAGUCUGAUGGAGGAGUCGGCCGAUCAGGCCCAGCGACGCGACGAGAUGCUGCGCAUGUACCACGCCCUCAAGGAGGCGCUCAAGAUCAUCGGGGACAUCAGCACCACCACCAUCUCUGUGCCCGUACCUCCACCCGUCGACGACAACUGGCUGCAGAAGGACAGCAGCCCCCCCUCCCAACGUCGUCCUCCACCAGCCAGUGCUGCUCCCCCCGGUCGCCCCCCUGCAGUGAGGGGACCCACGCCGGGGCCGCCCCAGAACCCCUCGCCUGCUUUCGGGGCGCCCCCCAUCCCGUCCCGCCCCGGUCCUCCCCCUGCGUUUGGGAACAGCACCAUGGACCCCACCCCUGCACCCCCCCAGGUGCCCUCACGCCCUGCCAGAGUACCCCCCGCACUGCCCCCUGGUGUACCUAGAAGACCUCCCUCAGCUCCAAAUCGGCCCACCAUCAUCCGACCAGCCGAACCAUCGCUGCUAGACUAGACACACACACACACACACACACACACACACACACACACACACACACACACACACACACACACACACACACACACACACACACACACACACACACACACACACACACACCGCACACACACACAUAUAUAUGAACCCAAACUCAACCCACAUUCAACACCACCUCAAGAACUCAGAGGUUGCAGAGCACAAGCUAAAAUCACUACACAAUAGUUCAGAAUAAAACAACUGCACCCAUGCACACACAUCCAUUCACAUGUUUCAUCACACAUAGGCAUAACAAAUUACUUACAUACAUACGUCAACCCACACAACCUGUACACACAAGCACAGGCAUAAGCACAGGCACAAGCACACAUCUGUACCAUUUCUAUGUGUAAGCUCUAGCCUUAGAUUAAAGGGCCCUUUACACCUGGAACAAUAACUAAUAAGAUAACUGUAACUAUAACAAUAAAAGCAUCCACACUGACAAACGAUGUGUUGAUGGUUAAAAUUGGAUGAAUUCUGAUUGGCUGUCAGCUCAUUCAUCUUUCUUAAUGUUAUCGUUUAUGUGUGGACUUUGUCAUUCAUAUUAGCUAGAAUGUUGCUUUUUUGUCGUUAUCCUUAUAGUUAUUGUUCUUGGUGUGAACAGCCCUUAAGUCUCAAUAUAAAUCCAACAUAAAAUCAAGUUUGUAAAAUAACACACACACACACACACAGUCUUAUCUCUUUAGGGACCUAAAAACUGGUGACAUUAGCCAUGAUAUGAAUUCAGUUCUGUCACCUUUGACCUCAUCUCUUAUUGGUCCACUGGUGUUUGAUUAUUCCUCAUAAUAUUCUAAUGUAAUUCAAAGAGGUGACAGUAUACUUACGAUUUGUCAUCUUACAAUGACUUAUUAACUCAUGUUUUUUUUUUUAUGUAUAGAAAUUUGUGUUCAAAGUGUUCAACAAGCUUUAAGACAUUGGAACUGAAUUUUACCCAGUGUACUACAUAACUGGGUCUACAAUUUCAGUUGGUGGAGAGAAAAAGAAAAAAAAAAGAUCCUUAAAUUAAUGGAUUAAAAUGUACUUCUCAAAAGUGAAGUAUUAUUAUCCCAAAAGUGGUAUUAUAGCCUAUAUAGCCUAGAGGUUGGGGGCGGUGGGCUCUCAUGAGUCUAAUUCUGCUCCAGCAUCUGCUGCAGUCUGACAGUCAUUUAUAUGGCUGGCAUAAUCGAACAUACAUUUCCAUGCCUUUGUAAUAAUCACUCCAAUAUAUUUCUUUUUGUCCUUUUAUUUUUUUCCCUCUCAUUUUACCCUUUUUGUUUUGUUUUCCCCUGUAGGCUACUUCAGAUGUGUAUAUAUGUAUUUUUAUAUGCACCUUUUUAUGUUGAAUUGUGCGAUCCCAGCUAUGCAUGGUGGCAGGGUGGAGAUAUUCCUUUUCCCUUCUCAAAACCACUUCACCAAAAUGCAUGUCAAACCAUUUCCAAAUGACCGUGUCUACUGUGUUGUGUCGGGUGGGAUCUUUCUGAAUCCCUGGCCAUUUUCCCAUAGUGGAAACCGUGACUUCUCCACCAGAAUUGCAUAGUUGGAUACAUGUUGUGCUGAUGAUCCAUGGCUUAAGAGGUCCAUUGCAAAAAAAAAGUUGGGAGGAGGGUUAUCUGCUGAUCCUAGUUCGGUAUUUGCUCUGUAAAGAUCAUCAUUGACAUAGAAACCUUCUUGAAGUAAAUCCUAAAUUGUGUUUGAAUCUGGUCGGGGGAGAUAGUGUGAAGAUUGGGGAUUGCAAGUAAUCACAUUAUAUACAUUUUAAACAACUAUGUGAAGCAGACAUUUCCCUCUUGGCUUUUGGGAUCUGUUUUAUGAUGAUGAUUUAGUAUCAAGCAUGCAUUUGUGUUUCAUCCACAUGUGACAUCCCCUCCUCCCGCACAACCUCUCUACUCCUGUUUUUACUUUUGUACUAUCCUACAUGUAUUCUUUUGAAAAAGCAGCUUCUGUUGUUUUUUUGUUUAAGUGCCUCUAAAGCUCUCUUUUAGAAAUACACUUGUGACUCAUUGAGUUGCCGAACGAAUUAAAAUUAUGAACUGAAAAAUGGAAAUUAAUUGAAUGAAAUUAUUGAUGAGAUGAAAAUAAAAGGGACUGUCUUGGA